AUAAAAAACAUGCUAAAAAAAACCUUGGUACAAUCUAUAUCUAAAAUUCAGGAAAAAAAAUCCUUAAUUUCUAGUAUAACUACCAAUGGGAAUAUACUCUAAAAUGCUAGUAAUUAGAAGAGCGGAGGUAGGAGAUAGUGAGGAGGUGGGGGAUCCAACGGCAUCGGAAAUACAAACCCCGAAAAGCGUGGAAACCUCUCGUCUUCCCUUUCCAUCCGAAGGCGGCAAUCCAUGGCAGGGCAUCCACAUCUCGCGCGGCGCUCGCCUCACAUGCACAUGCCGCUCCCCUUCCCCCAAUUAGCGAUCCCACCCCCACCGCCCGCCGGUUUCUCCGCCGCCGCCGCCGGAGGAGCACGGCCGGAAUCCCCCCCAAGCCGAGGAGGUGCUCCUCCUCCUCCUGUCUCGCCGCCAUUGCUGAUCGUCGGCGGGGAUCAUCAUAGAUGGACGACCUGAAGGCGAUCUUGGCGCGGCCGAUCCAGUUGGCGGAGCAGGUGAUCAAGUGGGCGGAGGAGGCGCAGACGUGCCGGCAGGAGUGCCUCGACCUCAAGGCCAAGGUGGAGCGCCUCGCCUCCCUCCUCCGCCAGGCCGCCCGCGCCGACCUCUACGAGCGCCCCGCCCGCCGCAUCCUCGACGACACCGGCAAGGCCCUCGACAAGGCCGCCGCCCUCCUCGACCGCUGCCGCGGCCACGGCCUCAUCCGCCGCGUCUUCACCAUCAUCCCCGCGGGCUCCUUCAAGAAGACCUCCAACCAGCUCGACAACUCCCUCGGCGACCUCUCCUGGAUCCUCCGCGUCUCCAACUACUCCAACGCCGACGACCUCGACGACGACCACAUCGGACUCCCCCCCAUCGCCCAGAACGAGCCCAUCCUCUUCCUCAUCUGGGAGCAGAUCGCCGUCCUCUACACCGGCAACCCGGAGGCGCGCGCCGACGCCGCCGCCAGCAUCGUCUCCCUCGCCCGCGACAACGACCGCUACGGCAGGCUCAUCAUCGAGGAGGACGGCGUCCCCCCGCUGCUCCGCCUCAUCAAGGAGGGCUCCUCCGAGGGCCAGGAGACCGCCGCCCUCGCCAUCGGCCUCCUCGGCCGCGACCCCGAGUGCGUCGAGCUCAUGGUCCUCGCCGGCGUCUGCACCGCCUUCGCCAAGAUCCUCAAGGACGCACCCAUGAAGGUGCAAGGGAUGGUCGCCUGGGCCGUCUCCGAGCUCGCCACCAACCACCCCAAAUGCCAGGACGCCUUCCUCCAGAGCAACGUCAUCCGCCUCCUCGUCUCCCACCUCGCCUUCGAGACCGUCCAGGAGCACUCCAAGUACGCCGUCGCCUCCAAGAUGUCCAUACACACCGUCCUCAUGGACAAGAAGAACAACGGCUCCACCUCCUCCUCGCACCACCACGACGCGCUAGACGCCGUCGACCACGCCGCCGCCACCACCACCACCACCACCGCCAUGGCGGCCAAGCCCACCGGAGGCGGCGCCGCCAGCUCGAGCGGCGCAGGCGCAGGAUCAGCAGGAACCGGGACGACCUCGAGCAGCAGCGUCAGCGUCGGCGGCACCGUCGCCGGGACGAAGCAGCACAACGCGUCGCUGUCCGGGACGAGCACCAAGGCGCGGGAGUUCGAGGACCCGGAGACGAAAGCCUACCUCAAGGCCAACGCCGCCAAGGCGCUGUGGCAGCUCGCCAUGGGCAACGCGGCCGUGUGCAAGAACAUCACCGAGUCCAGGGCGCUGCUCUGCCUCUCCGUCCUCCUCGAGAAAGGCGUCGACGACGUGCGGUACAACUCGGCCAUGGCGCUCAUGGAGAUCUGCCUGGUCGCCGAGCAGAACGCCGACCUCCGGCGAUCGGCAUUCAAGCCGACAUCCCCCGCCGCCCGCGCCGUCGUCGACCAGCUCCUCCGCGUCGUCCACAAGGCCGACUACGACGAGCUCCUCAUCCCAUGCAUCAUUUCGCUCGGCUGCCUUUCCAGAACCUUCCGGGCGACCGAGACCCGGAUCAUCGGGCCAUUGGUGAACCUCCUCGACGAGAGGGAAGCCGACGUCAGCCGGGAGGCGGCCGCCGCGCUCACCAAGUUCGCCUGCACGGAGAACUACCUCCAUGUCGACCACUCCAAGGCGAUCAUCCACCAUGGCGGCGCCAAGCACCUCGUCCAGCUCGUCUACUUCGCCGAGCAGGCCGUCCAGAUCGCCGCGCUCCUCCUCGUGUGCUACAUUGCGCACAACGUCCCCGACAACGAGGAGCUCGCGCAAGCGGAGAUCCUCACCUUGCUCGAGUGGGCAUCAAAGCAAGCGGCCAUGGUGCAAGAUCCAUUGAUCGAGAACUUGUUGCUGGAGGCCAAGAUUAGAAUGGAGCUCUACCAAUCCAGAGGGGCAAAAGGUUACUACUGAGAUGCACGGUUUUGAUGCAGAAAGAGGCACAUGUAGGAUGAUACUACCAAGAUGAUGGACCGGCUUCUUCUUCUUCGUCGUCGUCUUCGUUGCAUCAACCAGCUGACUACUGUAUAUAUAUUCAGGUGUUUUUUGGUUGACUUGAAUUGAAUUGUUGAUGCAAUCAGUUGGAUUCCAUGUUUGGUUGGAAGAGAUUGAUUUUGUCCCGGGCAUCAAAUGGUUUUUGUAGGGGGGUUGGUGUUCCUUGUUGACGUAUGUAUCCCUUGGUGGUGACUAAUGAUGACUGGUUUGCAUGUAUAGCUUUGGCCUUUGGAGUUUAGCAUCUUGUACUCUCAUUUCACCCUGAUACUUGAUGUAUAUUAAAAAGUUCAAUCAUUUACUGGAAGAUUCUCAAAUUUGAUGCCUGCGUUUUAUUUU